AUGAACUCUCAGAAACGCCAGAAGCAGCGCAAGGUGCUGCUGAUGGGCAAGAGUGGAGCUGGCAAGUCGUCGAUGAGAAGCAUCGUCUUCAGCAACUAUGUCGCCAAGGAUGUCCGCAGACUCGGCGCUACUAUCGACGUUGAGCACAGCAACAUCAAGUUUAUGGGCAACCUCAUGCUGAACUUGUGGGAUUGCGGAGGUCAAGAUGGCUUCGUCGAGAACUACCUUACACAGUCACGUAGCCAUGUGUUCGGCUCCGUGGCCGUGCUCAUCUUCGUCUUCGACAUCGAGUCCCGCGAGUUUCAAGCCGAUGUCGUCUCCUACUCGAACAUCAUCCGAGCUCUUCACGAGUGCAGCCCCACCGCCAAGGUCUUUUGUCUCAUUCACAAGAUGGAUCUGGUACAGGCACGUCUACGAGAGGCCAUGUAUCACGAGCGCUCAAAUUACAUCCGAGAUGCCAGCGAAGGCUUUAGCGACACAGUCGAGUUCUUCCCCACGAGCAUCUGGGACCAAAGCUUGUACAAGGCGUGGACCAAGAUCAUAUACUUCCUCAUCCCGAAUGCAGGUACCAUCGAAGCUCUUCUGUCGCAGCUGGCCGAAAUCAUCGACGCCAGAGAGCUAGUCCUGUACGAGCGCACGACUUGCCUCACAGUUGCGCACGUUACCCGAGGAGAUGGCGAGGACAAUCCAUUCCACGAUCGUUUCGAGCGCAUCUCUAGUAUCCUGAAAACGCAUAAGCAGAGUAUGGCCAAGCAUACAAACAUCCCAGCCGGAAGCGCCAAUUUCGCCGAAAUGCAAAUCAAGACCGGCAGAUUCAUGUUUUUCAUCACACGACUCACGGAGAACACCAAUCUUGCUGUCACCAUACCACCCUCCGAGCAAGUCUUCAAUGCUGCGCGCGUCAAUAUCUUCCAGGUUCGCCCCAGGUUCGCCGAACUCGAUAUCGCCUCUAAACCGCGCCCUCCAGUUCAGCAGGCCUUCGCCGGCUCUGCAGGCACCGUGGAGAGCAGUAAAGGCAAGGAGAAGGUUAUGGGCUAG